GGUGCGGCUGCCUUCCUCCGGUGCGGCUGCAUUCCUCCGCCGCGGCUGCCGCCUCCCGCCAUCCCCGCCUCGCCGGUCCUUCCCCCCGCCACUCCGCGCCGCUGAGCCAUGUCGCGGCCCAGCAGUGUCUCACCGCGGCAGCCCGGCAGGGGCCCGGUGAGCGCGGGUACCCCCGCCGCGGCCUCCGCCUCUGCCGGCCCCGCGGCGGGCCGCGGUCGAGGCAAGGGGCUGAAGGAUAUCCGCGUCGACGAGGAGGUGGAGAUCGCGGUGAACCUCGCUCUGGAGCGGUUCCGGUACGGAGAGGAAAAAGAAAUGGAAUUUCCUUCUUCUUUCACUAGUACUGAAAGAGCGUUUGUUCACCGGCUCUGUCAGUCGCUUGGACUGAUAUCUAAAAGUAAAGGAAAAGGAGCAAAUCGAUACCUGACUGUAAGGAAGAAGGAUGGAUCAGAACUAACGCAUGCAGUAAUGACUUGUUGCUUGGCUCCCAGUACAAAACAUGCAGUUCAGAAUUUAAUUCAGAGAUUUCCCGUCACCAAUAAAGAAAGAACAGAACUUCUGCCAAAGACAGAGCGGGGAAAUACGUGUGCUGUUGAAUCUGAAAACAGAGACGUGAACAAGACGAGCGGACGACUUAACAACGGCAUCCCCCAGGUUCCAGUGAAAAGAGGGGAAUCAGAGUUUGAUUCCUUCAGGCAAUCACUACCAGUUUUUGAAAAACAGGAGGAAAUUAUCAAAAUAAUAAAGGAAAAUAAAGUUGUUUUGAUUGUAGGAGAGACUGGAUCAGGAAAAACUACUCAAAUCCCUCAGUUCCUCCUUGACGACUGUUACAAAAAUGGAACUCCCUGUCGUAUAUUUUGCACUCAGCCAAGACGUUUGGCAGCUGUUGCUGUGGCUGAAAGAGUGGCAGCAGAAAGAAGAGAAAAGAUUGGGCAGACAAUUGGUUAUCAGAUCCGAUUAGAAAGCAGGGUUUCUCCUAAGACACUGUUAACAUUUUGCACUAAUGGCAUACUGCUUCGGACGCUAAUGGCAGGAGACAGCACUCUAUCAACUGUGACACAUGUUAUUGUGGAUGAAGUACAUGAGAGGGAUAGAUUCAGUGACUUCUUGUUAAUAAAGCUGAGAGAUGUGUUACAAAGACAGAUGAAUUUAAAACUAAUUAUUUCUAGUGCUGCUCUAGAUGCAAAUCUCUUUAUUAGGUAUUUUGGAACUUGCCCAGUAAUACACAUUCAAGGAAGACCUUUUGAAGUUAAAGAGGUGUUUUUGGAGGACAUUUUACGAAGCACUGGUUAUACAAACAAAGAGAUGGUAAAGUACAAAAAGGAGAAGCAGCGAGAAGAAAAACAGCAAAACACUCUUACUGAGUGGUGUUCUACUCGAGAAAAUAAUAGCAAACUGGAAUCUCAGAAGCAAAGAUCUGUCCCAAGGGCAACAGAAGAGUAUAAUCUGUUGGAUGGUGGUGGUGAUGUGGUAUUUAAUCAACUGACUGAAAAAGAUGUGAAUAGCCUUGAACCAUGGCUAAUAAAAGAAAUGGAUUCUUGCCUUUCUGACAUCUGGUUGCAUAAAGAUAUUGAUUCCUUUGCUCAGGUGUUCCAUCUCAUUUUAACUGAAAAUGUCAGUGUUGAUUAUAGGCAUAGUGAAACCAGUGCGACUGCACUAAUGAUUGCUUCAGGCAGAGGCUUUUUGAGUCAAGUAGAACAACUGAUCAGUAUGGGAGCAAGUAUCCACUGCAAAUCAUCCAAUGGCUGGACAGCUUUGGACUGGGCUAAGCACUUUGGACAGACAGAGGUGGUUGACGUGUUGGAGUCGUACAGUGCUUCAGUGGAAUUUGGAAAUCUAGAUGAAAGUUCCCUGGUCCAAAAAAGUGGUAGUGACCUUAGUGCAGAGGACAGAGAACUGUUGAAAGCUUAUCAUCACAGUUUUGAUGAUGAGAAAGUGGAUCUGGACCUGAUUAUGCACGUACUUUAUAACAUCUGUCAUAGUUGUGAUGCUGGAGCGAUUUUAGUAUUUCUUCCUGGAUAUGAUGAGAUAGUUAGCCUGCGGGACCGUAUCCUUUUUGAUGACAAGAGAUUCGCUGAUAAUGCUCACAGAUACCAAGUUUUCAUGCUUCAUUCAAAUAUGCAGACUUUGGAUCAGAAGAAGGUGCUUAAAAGUCCACCUUCAGGAGUCCGCAAAAUAAUUCUUUCUACUAAUAUUGCAGAAACCAGUGUAACAGUCAAUGAUGUUGUAUUUGUUAUUGACUCAGGCAAGAUGAAAGAGAAGUCUUUUGAUGCACUGAGCUGUGUUACAAUGCUAAAAAUGGUGUGGAUUUCAAAAGCCAGUGCUAUCCAGAGAAAAGGCAGGGCUGGGCGCUGUCAGCCUGGAGUCUGUUUUCGUCUCUUCAGCAGGCUUCGAUUUCAGAAUAUGUUGGAAUUUCAGACUCCAGAACUUCUAAGAAUGCCACUUCAGGAGCUUUGUUUGCACACAAAACUUCUGGCUCCAUUUAAUUGUCCAAUUGUUGACUUUCUUACAAAAGCUCCUGAUCCUCCACCAGCUGUAAUUGUGAGAAAUGCUGUGCAAAUGCUUAAGACAAUAGAUGCCAUGGACCCUUGGGAAGAUCUUACUGAACUUGGCUAUCAUCUCACUGAAUUACCAGUAGAGCCACACCUUGGUAAAAUGGUGGUGUGUGCUGUUGUUCUGAAGUGCCUGGAUCCUAUUCUUACUAUUGCUUGCACUCUUGCAUAUCGAGACCCUUUUGUCCUACCUACACUGGCAUCUCAAAAGCGUGCAGCCAUGCUGUGUAGAAAACGUUUUACUGCAGGAACAUUUAGUGACCAUAUGGCACUUCUCAGGGCUUUCCAGGCAUGGCAGAAGGCGCGCAGUGAUGGCUGGGAGAGAGCCUUUUGUGAAAAGAAUUUCCUGUCUCAAGCCACAAUGGAAAUCAUCGUCGGAAUGAGAACACAGUUGCUUGGCCAGCUAAGAGCUUCAGGUUUUGUUAGAGCCAGAGGAGGAGCUGAUAUUAGAGAUGUUAAUACUAACUCUGAAAACUGGGCUGUAGUUAAAGCUGCCUUAGUGGCUGGGAUGUAUCCCAAUCUAGUGCAUGUAGACAGAGAAAACCUGGUUUUGACUGGACCGAAGGAGAAGAAAGUGCGAUUUCAUCCUACCUCUGUUCUUAGUCAACCUGAGUAUAAAAAGAUUCCCCCAGCAAAUGGGCAAGCUGCAGCCAUUGAGGCACUCCCUACAGACUGGCUUAUAUACGAUGAAAUGAUGAGAGCUCACAGGAUAGCAAAUAUCAAAUGCUGUUCUGUUGUAACACCUGUCACUGUGUCACUCUUCUGUGGACCAGCUAGAUUACCAAGUAAUGCUUUGCAGGAACCUUCGUCCUUUCCAGGGGAUGGGGUAUCUAAUGAUAACAGCGAUAGUGAGAUGGAGGACAAAACAACUGCUAAUUUGGCACUACUGAAGCUAGAUGAAUGGCUCCAUCUCAAACUGGAUCCUGAAGCUGCUGGUUUGCUGUUUCAACUCAGACAGAAGUGGCAUAGCUUGUUUCUGCGCCGCAUGCGAGCUCCUUCUAAACCAUGGUCUCAAGUUGAUGAAACAAUUGUAAGAGCAGUUACAGCUGUUCUAAGUAGUGAAGAACAGGCUGCAGGUUUGCAGCAGCCUACAGGAAUUGGUCAGAGACCAAGACCUAUGACUGCUGAAGAACUUCCUACAGCAUCUACAUGGAGGUCAACCACCAGUAGAAAGAGCUCGGCAGAAACUGAAUUCUCUGAUGACUCCUCUAAUGCUGAAAAAGUUUUGAUGAAAUCUAUGCGUCCCUCAUUUCAACAGCCAAAGAAGUACAAAGAAAAAAACGUUUUUCAUUCCAAACGAACUUCAGAUGACAGGUCAGAUCAAUCAUCAGGGAAGUCUACAGACAGCAGUAGCUAUCCUAGCCCCUGUGCUAGUCCUUCUCCAAUAUCUGGAAAGGGUUCCAAAUCCCCUUCACCAAGACAAAAUAUGCCAGUUCGGUAUAUUAUAAUGAAAAGCAGCAACUUGCAAAACAUUGAUAUUUCUCAACAGAAGGGUAUAUGGUCUACUACGCCAAGUAAUGAACGAAAACUAAAUAGAGCCUUUUGGGAGAGCAGCAUGGUUUACUUAAUAUUUUCUGUUCAAGGGUCUGGACACUUUCAGGGUUUUGCUAGAAUGGCUUCAGAGAUAGGGUGUGAGAAAAGUCAAGACUGGGGAUCUUCUGGUUUUGGAGGUGUAUUUAAGGUGGAGUGGAUCCGAAAAGAAAGCAUUCCUUUUCAGUUUGCACAUCAUUUGCUCAACCCUUGGAAUGACAAUAAGAAAGUACAAAUAAGCAGAGAUGGCCAGGAGCUGGAACCACAAGUUGGAGAGCAGUUGCUACAGCUUUGGGACCGUAUUCCUUUGGCUGGAAAAAACGCAAGUGAUUGAGCAUGUGAAGUAAUGUGAUACAGCUGUGGUUGUUGAAACAUCACCUAAGAACCACUAGAACCAGCAGUGUGCCUACAAUGUAAAGAUGAGGAAGAAGGCAGCACCACAAUCUCCUGAAGUUGUUAGUCUUGCUCUGCAGCUAGCAGUGGAAAAAUAAGAGGGAGUUAUGUUGGUUUCAGUGUUUCCUUAUCUUAACAAAUGUCAUAACUUUAUUCACCAGCCUGUUUUUGACUGAAUUAUUUUUUUACAGUAAUGUGCGCCUGAUAUUUAAAAACUCGGUUACAUUCAAAACUAAGUUUGAAACAAUGGACAUAUAAGUUCUUUGUGGGUUUAAAAUAGCACAGCAGAGAGUUUAAAUAUACAGUUUACAUUUGAAGCUUUUUCAACACAGUAAAAUAUAUGAGAGAAACCAGUGUAAUAUUAAUUAAUCAGUCUUGCAGUUUGUGUGAAAUAUUUGGAGACAUCUAGUCUCAAUUUAUAUUGGAAGGCUCCAUAAGUAUUUGUUGAACCUCUGUAUGCACAGUGCAAGAGAGCAGGAUAUAUUCAUGCAAACAACUGGGCAGCUGGAGAAUGUAAACUUUAAAUACAUAAGUGAAAGGAGUAUGAGACUUUUGAGAGUGGGUUGGUCCAGAGGUGUUUCCUGUUUAAGUUUAUUUUCAUCUUUAAAAGGUACUCAUGUUUUGGCAAGCUGAAAGUCUUUCAGAGACCUGCUGCCAAAUGAUACUCUGAUAGUUCACUAACUUGGGCAUUAUUAAAUGAUUUUUAUUUCCUUAAAAAAAAAAAGUUACUAGUACGGCUUUCUUCAUCUUUCAAUGUAGUCUUCAUGCUUUCCUCUAUACCUCUUCCAGUUUCUUUCUGCUUCUGUGCUACUGUUUUGUUCUAUUGGGCUUCUCCUUAGUCGUACUAUAAGGCUGGUAUAAAUUAAAUCUGCUUGCUGUCAGCACUACAUUGGUCAUUCUUAGAUUAAAGUGAGAGCUUUCUCUGCUUCUGAGCCUGUACUUAAGUUUUUCAUGCCUGCUAAGAUUAUUCACACAGUUCAGAGUACCCUGUGUAUUCAUUCUUGCAUUCUGUGUAGUGACUUCCAUGCAUAAACAGUUGGUUUUGCCCUUGCAAGACUAACUGGGUCCUUGUAAGGCUAAUGUUGCCUAAUAUGGUAUUUCUGGAGACAGUGCAUACAGUGGAGCUGUGAGGCUGGUAUUGCCUUAUAUGAUACUUCCUGGCCUGUGCCCACAAAGGCAUGUGGUGCAGUAUUGCCUUGUACAGGACUCCCAGGCCCCAGGGACACCAAGGACAGAGCUGGCACAGAGUGGGAGAAGAUGUCAUGCCCUCUGCCUGCCUGACAGCCAUGGUCAUAUAAGUCUCUGUAUGCCCCUAUGUUAGGUCUAGCCCAGUCUUGGUGAAUUACUUGACUUGCUGUUGUUAUGAUCCAGAUAAUUGUACUACUGAUCUGUAUUUUUCCAUGUACUGUUAUUUAGAGAUGAAAUGUUUAUCCCUGAAGCUGUUGGUCUGGUGCCUGUUACCAUAUCCUGAACUUAAAACUUAUCAGGGCUGCCUUAAGCUCUUACACUCUAAUGUUAUAAGUGGGGUAUGGUACAGUGCAUCAUGACCAGCCCUGACCCUGUAGUGGGUGCCUUAGCUGAUAUUUUGGGGCCUUGCCCCGUGUGCAGACAUCAGAUUCUCCUUUGUUUAGAGAAGGUCACAAAGGGAGAUUACCCUGCUCAUAUCUCUUAUCUCGUUGCCUUAUGUUGUGGUUUAGCCCCACCCAGCUGCUCGCUCACUCCUCCACAGGUGGGACUGGGGAGGAGAAUCAGAAGUGUAAAAGUGAGAAAACUUGUGGGUUGAGAUAAGAACAGUUUAAUAAUUAAAAUAAAACAAUAACCAUAAUAACAAUAUAAUGAAAAGGAAAAUGAGAGAGGUUAAGCCCGGGGCGGGGUGGGGAGAGGAUAGAGUAAACAACUGAAACAAGUGAUGCAACCACCCGCCAACCCAUGCCACCAGUCCCUGAGUUGUGAUUACUCUGCCCCAUGUCAUCUCCCCCACUUAAUAUACUAGUCAUGAUAUCAACAUGGUAUGGUAUAUCCCAUUGACCAGUUUGGAUCAACUGUCUUGGCUUCUUGUGCACCUGGCAGAGCGUGGGAGGCUGGUAAAGUCCUUGACUACUAUAGGCACUACUUAGCAACACUUAGCUGCUACUUAGUGACAACUGAGCAGCAUUUGAAAGCAAGCCAAGCCCAAGUUGACUACCAAUGGAAAGGACUGGCCCACACCCAGCAGGACACUGGGGCUGCAAUAGAGGAGAAGACCCCAGCCCCUGCCUGUGCUAAAAGCUAUCAGGCUAAUGUGGAGAAACUAGAGCAUUGCGUGCUCCCCCAUGUAGCAGUGUCUGUCUGGGAAAAACUUGACCGUCAUCUGGAAGCUACGGAAAACAGAAUUUAUGUAGAGACCCAGAAGACAGGGAUGAUACCUGAUCUGAUUCAGAUUCAAACAAUGCUGUGUCAAAUUCCUCCAUUCCUGAAGACUUAGCAAUCUGACCAGUUGUUAGAAGGAGAGUAUGAUGCUACUGGAGGUAUGACAGGUGCCUCUACAUGCUCUUUCAUGAGCACAGACCUAGCCAAACUAAGCAAGUGCUAUCACAAAUAUGUUACUGUGGAUUAUUUAACCUGGCUUGCAAAUAUGUUACAUGGGGGGGGUGACGACACACAGACACCAGCUGACUUUCAGACUGGAAAGCCUGGAGACUCAUGUUUGGGUCUGGGAUCCAGCUACAGCUUCCAGCAGGAAGUGGAGACACUCUCUUCUGGGCAGCACUAGCAUAUAUUCAGAGAAGCACCCCGACAUGACUUGCCAUUCCCUGGGCCGGUCCAAUGGAUCUGGAGUUGAGCAUCACUAGGCUGGUUAUCAGUCACACUUUAGAAGUAGCCCCUGUGGCAGAGGAAGAUCUAAUGGACAUUGGCCCAUGUAGCCCACUGGUGCCCACCCAUCAAGAAGUCCUGGCGCACUUAGACACCAUUUGAAGUAAACAGGCCAUUGGCCUUACAGGCACAACACCCAGACCCGCAUGGGCCCAGCUCUCACAAAAGGCAGUUUCUGUUGUGCCCAUUCAUUCCUUCCUUGUGUCUAGGUAGUUAAAAAUGCGCCUUGGGCAUGUGCAAAGAAGAGGAGUGUGCAGGAGUUGGUUAUGUACUGAGGUGCUUUUAAGUACACUUGAAACUGCUGCCCUCUUCUUCAUUUUUUUAGUGUUUCCAUGGCAAUCAGACUUCAUACAGUUGGUUUCAUUUGAGCAGGUACCUUAGCAAGUAGUUUAAAACACAGUUCACAUGAUUUUACUUGUUUCAUAAGUCUUUGUUUUAAUGAUUCUAAUGCUGACAAAACUAUGAUAAAUCUGUGCUAAUGAUGUGGACAGUUAAUGUGACGUUUUUGUUUCUGACAAGCUGAAAAUUUUUUCAGUUGUACUCUGUCUUCCUUUCCUCUUUAUAUUUUCUGUUUUCUUUCCUUUUCCCAUCAAAUUGCACAUAACUUCAUGGGCAGCUUCAUCAAUUCAGGAUUGCUGUUAGCAUAUGAGCUCAGGAAAGGCCGUAUCAGAGAUGAGUAGUGUCUAGAGAACAGAUUGAGGGGACUUUUUUUGAAGCUACUGAAGCAUUGAAAGUUCAUCUGUAAAGAUAUAAUUACAGUGGUUUUUAAAUGCUCAUGAUUAUUCAAAAAAAAGAUGGAAGCACCUUAUGUCUGAUCUCUCUAAUUGUACGCUUAGUGCCAAAGUGUAUCUGUGCUACCUAGUGACUUCUGAGGCCACUUUACAUGACAGAGUCAACCAGUAGUUGCUGCUGGUCAUCAUUUGGACUUCUGUCAUUCAGCAGCAGUAACAGAUGGCCUGUAAAACUGAAGGUAAAUGCUUUGUUCCAUAAAGAGCAAUACUGCAACUUGUCUAUGCCACGGUCUGCAAGGAGCAUCAUAUAGUAUAUUUUAUAUCUAUAGUAGAUUUAAGUGUUUUCAUAAUUGAACUAAAUUACUAGAAGACGUUAUUUUCAAUGAAGGAACACUGAACAAUGUGAUGAAUAGUAAUCUUGUUUUGCUGUGCAAAGUCAUUGUGAGAAAUAUUAAUAAAUAAAAAUACAUGUUCUGUCA